AUGAGCAAGAAAGGGCUGCAAAUUCUAGCCAAAAGAGAGGCACUGGCUGGGAUGAAGAAAGGCAUGCCUCUAAAAUCAUGCACGCAUUGCUUGGCUGGAAAACAACAUAGAGGUUCAUUUCAACAUGGUCAUGCACAAAGAAAACCCAAUGUAUUAGAUGUUUUGUACUCUGAUGUUUGUGGUCCUAUGACCACUAGUACUCUUGGUGGUGCAAGAUAUUUUGUCACCUUCAUUAACGAUCAUUCUAGGAAGCUACCCAAAAGUUUUUGGGGUGAAGCCCUGAUGACUGCAGUUGAUCUAAUCAACCUUUCUCCUUCAGCACCUCUGAAUGGUGAUGUCCCGAACAAGUUCUGGUCGAAAAAAGAUGUUUCCUACAAUCAUUUGAAAGUUUUUGGUUGUAGAGAUUUUGUUCAUAUUCCUAAAGACAAGAGAUCCAAGUUCGACGCGAAGUCGAAAGAAUGUAUCUUCGUGGGAUAUGAGAAUGAAGAAUUCAGUUCUAGAUGUGAUAAACUUGAUAAUCCUAGAGAAUAUCCAACUAACUUGGAUCCAGUUCCUCCUCUAUUAGAGCACAAUGAUGAGCGAGAUGAAUCCAAUGAUACUAAUGAUCCAGCUAGUGAUCCUAUUAUAAAUGAACCAGUUGAUGAUGACAUGAGUGAUGAUCAUACAAUUGAUGGUAUAGUAUAUGAUGUAGCUGAUGAGGGGCUAGAAGCACAAGCCCAUGAAGAGCCAGCGGCCAAAUUCCAACCAAGAAGAUCGACCAGGGUACGAAGACCUCCGAGUAGGUAUUCUCCAGAUGAUUAUGUUCUCCUAAUAGACGGGGGAGAACUAGAAUGCUAUAAAGAAGCAUUGACUCAUGAUCAACAAGAUGAGUGGUUGAAAGCCAUGCAUGAAGAGAUGCAAUCUCUACAUGAGAACCACACAUAUGAUCUGGUGAACCUACCAAAAGUGAAGAUGUCAUCCAUACGGGUUGUACUCGGUUUGGCUACAAGCUUGAAUCUUGAGAUCGAACAGCUAGAUGUGAAGACAGCUUUUCUUCACGGAGAUCUUGAAGAAGAAAUCUACAUGGAGCAGCCAGAAGGAUUCAAAGUCAAAGGAAAAGAAGAUUUGGUAUGUCGGCUGAAGAAGAGCUUAUAUGGACUCAAGCAGGCACCUCGACAAUGUGACAAGAUUAGCAAGCUGAAGAAAGAGUUGAGCAAGUCUUUUGCUAUGAAAGACUUAGGACCCGCAAAACGAAUCCUCGGUAUGAGCAUAUCCCGUGAAAGAAAAAAUCGGAAGUUAAGGUUAUCACUAGAAAGUUAUAUCGAGAAGGUAUUAAAGCGGUGUAACAUGGAUAAAGGAAAACCAGUUUCUACUCCAUUUCCUAGUCAUUUCAAGCUUAGUUCAAAACAGAGUCCUACAUGUGAGAAAGAAAAAGAAAACAUGGCUAUGGUGCCAUAUUCCUCAGCUGUCGGUAGUUUGAUGUAUGCAAUGAUUUGCACGAGGCCAGACAUAACGCACGCAGUUGGUGUUGUAAGCAAAUUCCUGUCUAAACCAGGCAGAGAGCAUUGGAAUGCUGUGAAGUGGAUUCUCAUAUAUCUCAGGGGUACUUCCAAAAUGAGUUUGUGCUUUGGAGGUGGAAAACCUGCAUUGAUUGGCUACACAGAUGCAUACAUGGCAGGAGAUCUUGAUUCCAGAAAAUCUACUUCAGGAUACCUGAUUACAUUUUUAGGGGAGCAGUUUCGUGAGGCAGAGUUAAUUGCAGCUACUAAAGCGUGCAAAGAAAUGCUUUGGAUGAAGCGAUUCCUACAAGAAUUAGGGCAAGAGCAGCAUAAAUACAUUUUGCAUUGUGAUAGUCAUAGUGCGAUCCAUUUGAGCAAGAAUUCGAGUUUUCACUCGAGGUCGAAGCACAUUGAUGUGCGAUAUCACUGGAUACGUGAUGUGUUGGAGUCUAAGCAAUUACAACUUGAGAAAAUCCAUACUGAUGACAAUAGUUCAAAUAUGAUGACCAAGUCCUUACCUAAGGACAAGUACGAAUUUUGCAGAAGAGCAGCUGGACUGCUGGAGCCCUCCACCUAA